AUGCCCACUCCCAUCUUCCUGGCGGCAAGUUUAGUGCCAAAAUCUUUAGUCACUCCAAGCCAAAGAUCGCACAAGCUAUCCAGAUUACAAUAUCAAAAGGCUAGAACUAUAGCGAAAACUCCCAAACUAAAAAGGAGUUUACUCAAAAGACCCUUACGGCAAUCCUGGUUAAGCCGGUUCAAGAAUCUGCUAGUUGCAGACCGGCAACCAAGGAAUUCCUACACUUCCUUCGCAAGAUCGCCAACAAGUUAUUCCAGAUACAGCACUACUCAAGGCAUCCAAGGCGAUUUUAUCACAUUCAGCAAAUACAUUAAUAGCAGUAUAACCUUUAGAGCAUUUAGAGGUUAUAGAGACUUAAUAGAUCUUUUCAAUCCCACUAAGAAUCGAUUAUUCCAUCCCGAUACCUACAACAACAAUAUUCUUAGUAUACACGCAGGGCUUAUUGGCCUAGACAUCUACAAUACAUCUAAAGUCAAUCAAUUAAAUAAGCUUAGUAAAUACUUAAAGACCAAAGUCCAAUAA